CGGAAGUGAGACAGCGCAGCGGGUGGGGUUUCUGACUACGAGAUGGACCUGGGUGUCAGAGGAAACAUUGAGUGUGCACACGAACCUGGCUUAUUAUCUAUCAGCAUAAAAAACAACAACAAUGAUUGAUGUAACCGUUGCGCUGCUGCCUAGCGCGCGACAUCCAUUCCAUCCAUGUUAAGAAGAGGAUGCAUCAGUAGGAGGCUAACGCUAGCCAGCGACAAAUCAGCGGUGUUUUUUUUUUUCACAUGAAUGUCCGUUUUCUCCUGACGUUGGGUUGUGCGGUUCCUGCAACGCUGAGUACCAGAUUGUCACUGUGGACGGAUCGGCAACUUUAAAUGGCUGUCUCACGGUACACUACCUAGCUAGUGUCACUAGCUAAUGUUAGCUAGGAGAAUGGUGUCUUUGCAGCAAGCUAGCUACUUAGCUGUUUAUUUAUAUCAAUGUUAUGUAAGGACGGAGACCGUUUUAGCCUAGCCAGCUAUACGGAACCACUAAAGUGAGAAUAAUGAAUAACACGCAACAAGAUAUGUCUCCGGAUUUCGUCUUGAUGCGCCUGGUGUCGGCGGCCGAGUAUGACCGUUUGGACGAGCCCGAUGAUUUGAUGUCUGGAGGCGGGGGGUUCGGUCCUGUCAAAGCCGUGUUGGGUCAUCACGGCAACAAUAUCAACAGCGGGUUUGAUCUGGACCGUAAUAGCCCGUCGACAGGCCUCGGCUCAGACUCGCCGCAUUACAGUUCACCGCUCCCUGGUAAAGGCGAGAUGGACAGCGGGACGUGUUUGGGUCAAACAACACCAGGGUCCGAGGAGCCGCUAACUUCUCCUCCAUCAGGCAUCGGGGACUUCUCCGUGGCUGCUCAGCAUUUCGUGGACUACCCUGUAUCCCACGCACACGGCGCUGGGUCCCACGGCUCGCGAGCGAAGCUGAUGGUUUUUCAGAACUUGCUCCGGUCGAGUGACGGGAUCCUAGAAUGCGGGCUAGAGCAGCCUCCCCCUGGGUUUCUCCACGACUCGGUUCCUGGUGGCGGGGACGCAGAAAAACAGAGACGACCUCAAUCAGGAAGUGUCUGUGUACCAGGUAGCACAACAACAAAUAGCCAGUGUGUAUUAUCCUUACCACCGGUGAGCGGGAGAGAAAACACACGCUGCAUCUCCUCUGCAGAAGACUGCACACAGCAGCAACACCACCUCCAGUGGCACCCAGCUCUAAAACUAUCAAAGGUACCGUCGGAAAGCUCCCAGGCCCCACAGCAGGGUGUCCAGGCACUAGAAUCUGACACAGGUUCCGUUUUGUGCCAUCGACAUCGUCUGCUACUGACUGACCGCCUCUCUAAGUGGCCCCCAUGCUUGUUGGACCAGAGCCUACACUUGAGUCUUUUGGACCCCAUGAAGAACUGCACUGUUGGUGGGGAUGAUCCUGUCCUGGCCUUGGCACGACACCUCGGCCAGCUUGGGCACCAUGCGGAGCUGAUGGAGGCGAGGGAGGGGGGGGAUCGACGAGAGGACCUGGUGCUGCCCCUCACUCGGUGCUCAUGUCACGGCGUGUUGACCUCAGCUACUGGGGGGAUGGGCCCUGGCGAGGACCCCAGCGAGACCAGCGAUGCUCUCUUGGUUCUCGAGGGUCUCGGGUCUGAAGAGGUGGGCAGGCUAGGUGACCAGGGGGGAGAGGGGGAGAGGGGUGUUGGCCUAACGGAUGAAGGAACAGCCGGUGGGGAGGGAACCGGCUCUGUGUUCUCCAGCGGGACGCUCAGUGGUUUGAUGCAGCAGGUCCACAGACUUGCAGAGGAGGCUGGGGUGUGUACCGAUCAGAGCUGCCGUCAGUCGCUGGCUGGACCGGGUGCAGCAGUGUCGUUACCUCCCUCUGCCACCCACCUCGCAGACCACCGUCCGACAACCACCGGCAUCUCCACGCCCUCCCAGUACACACCAAUCCUGCCGCAGGCUCCGGAGGCUGCAGCGGCUCUUGCUGGGCUUCAUGUCUUGCCGAAUGCCCUGCACUCCUCUAGCACUAACCAUGGCCAGCGGCCCCAGCAUCAGCACCAAUCUCGCUCCCAGCCCCAGAGCCGGGCCACCACCCCAAAGCUGGGCAUCGCGUCUGGGGGAGCGGGUCGUUCGGCCUCGCCGCUGGUCGUCCUGGAAGGGGAGGUCGGGAGGCGAGGGGCAGAGGGAGAGAAGACUCACCGGAAGUCAAGGAAGGGGGGGUCCUUAAAGGUGCGUCUCAGCAAGCUAUUCCGAACCAAGAGUUCCAGCGGGGGUUCGGGGGGACUUCUGGACAAGAGGCCCUCCCUGGCGUCAUCCACCUCGUCGGGCGGGAGCCUGCUUGAUGUCUGGGGGUCGAGCUCCAGCAACACUGAACAAGACGGCUCCAGACUGCAGGUCUCCAGGCCCAAUAGUGCCUUCUCACCGGUGUCCUUUAGUCCUCCCUUCACCGGUGAGACGGUGUCUCUUGUGGAUGUGGACAUUUCCCGGAGGGGGCUCAACUCUUUGCACCCACCGACCCCACCCCCUCCUCCCAGACGGAGCCUCAGUUUGCUGGAUGACUUUAAUGGACCUCCACAGCAGCAGCAGCAACCAGGAGGCCCCUUCCUGGAGCGCAACAUGGGGGUUUCGCUACAGUCGCUCCCCCCCCGCCCUUUGGCCCUCCCUCCGUCCAUCAGCACCAUCCAACACAGCCUCAGCCUCAAUGACACAUUCCUCGGCGGCCUGCCCAGACCCAUCCCCCUACGUCCCGACGGCCAGCAGCCCCCCCCCAGGCUGGGCACCCGGCCCCUCCUCUGCCCCCUCAGCCGGCCCGACGCCAGCAGCUUCGCCACCAGCCUACGGGAACUUGAAAAGUGUGGCUGGUACUGGGGCCCCAUGAACUGGGAGGACGCCGAGAUGAAGCUGAAGGGGAAGGCGGACGGGUCGUUCCUCGUGAGGGACAGCUCAGACCCCCGCUACAUCCUCAGUCUGAGCUUCAGGUCCCAGGGGGUCACCCACCACACACGCAUGGAACAUUACAGAGGUACCUUCAGUCUGUGGUGUCACCCAAAGUUCGAGGACCGCUGCCACUCAGUGGUGGAGUUCAUAGAGCGAGCCAUCAUGCACUCCAAGAAUGGGAAGUUCCUCUACUUCCUGCGCUCCAGAGUGCCAGGUCUGCCCCCUACUCCCGUCCAGCUACUGUAUCCGGUGUCCAGAUUCAGCAGCGUCAAGUCCCUCCAACACCUGUGCCGCUUCUGUAUUCGACAGCUGGUUCGCAUCGAUCACAUCCAAGAGCUGCCCCUGCCCACGCCUCUGAUCAUGUAUCUUAGGAAGUUCUACUACUAUGACCCCGAGGAAGAGACGUACCCACCCAUCGAGGAGAAGGCGAAGGGGCCCAAACAGCACACUCAGCCGGGGGUGGAGUCUCAAACGUAGCGCUGGAGCCUGAUUGGACCGAGAGUUUUGUUGUUUUUGCUUUUAUUUUGUUACCCGACCAGAGGACCUGAGGACAAACCACCAGGAAAUGGAUACAGUCGUGUGACUGAAGCCAAUCCGAAUCACCUCGCUUGGCUCUUCACGUGUAUGGAGUUGUAGAUGAACCACCCUCCCCCUUUGCGGCUCCAUUUUUGACCAUCGGGGACAUUGGGAGGGGCAGGGGAUGUAAAUACUACUCCUCUCUUGAGAUGUCAUGGCUGAGCAGCGUAACUCCAGGAAGUGACUGGUUUCAGCAAAGGUGCUAACUUGCUGAAACAAAACCCCAUGUCGUGUCUGAAUUCCACAUUGCUUCAAAAGACAAUUCCCCGAGAAAUUAAUUUAUUUACAUGUUUUAUGGUUUUUCAUGUUGGACAUGCUGAGAAGUAUUGACACAACACAAUGAAUGCUAUGCAGUAUUUAACAGAGACACAAUGGUAGGUACGAAGACGUAACACCACACAGCCAGCUCAUCAUUUGUGUGUUGCUAGAUAAUUUACCAAAGGUUAAUACAUGGGACUGCGGUGGUUGUAGAAAAUAGUGGUUGCAGCACCAGGGACAGUGGACACACACACACACACACACACACACACACACACACACACACACACACACACACACACACACACACACACACACACACACACACACACACACACACACACACACACACACGUUAUAAAGAAACUUGUUGACUUAUCCGUGAACCUUAAAUGGCACAGACAAUAGUCAUUUCUGCUGUAAUACUAUUCAAAACAUAUUCUCCUAAGCCAAAACAUGGUAUUGGCCAAUUAGAAUUGAUCUGGCACUGAGCCUGUUUGGUAGAAAAUACUCUAGAUGCUCUACGACUUCAGCUAAGAAUGGGAGGCUUAAGGACUUAAGAUGCGUUAAUGGUCUGACAUUAAAGGAAAAAACUCUUACAGGAAGAACGACUGCUACCCCACUAAAAUGCUCUGGUUUGGAUUUCCCAAAUAUUGCUGUUCCACCGAAAACAACUGUAUUAACUUUUUGGUUCGGGAGCAUCAGUGGGUGGGGGGGGGGGGGCUGGGUGC